CUCUAACACUCUCAUCACUCUCAACUUCUUUCUGCCGCAUUGACUAGGGUUCCAACGCAACUCACUCUUCUCGCUCCCUCGUAUUUUCCCUCUUAUUUUCUAACCUCCCAAACACUCCUAGACUUCAACUACUCUCAAUAAAUAAUGGCUUUAAUCAAUCAAUAGGGUCUCUUGCUGUUUGAAGGUAAACAAGCUGAAGGACUAUAUAUUUAUCUGUGCUUAUCAGAAACUCAAAGAGACAAAUGGCAUCAGCGAACCCUUUUGAUAUCCUUGGCGACGAUGACAACAAUGAGGACCUUUCUCAACUCAUCGCCGCUGCUCAGCUUAAGGCGGCCGAGAAGCCCAAGAAGGCGGAUAAGUCCGCUGCUGCUCCUGCUUCUCAGCCUGCUAAGCUUCCCACCAAGCCUGCUCCCCCUGCACAAGCUGUGAGGGAGGCAAAGAAUGAAGGUGGACGUGGAGGAGGCCGUGGAGAUGGGCGUGGCUAUGGGCGUGGGCGUGGUCGCGGUGGCGGUGGCGGUGGCGGUGGCAGAUUUAACAGAGAAUCAAAUAACAAUGAAACGCCCUUCAUUGGCAAUGGUUUUUCUGGAGGAUCCAGACCAUCUGAAGAUGGAGAGGCUGGGAGAACUUCUGAGAGGCGUGGCUAUGGUGCCCCUCGUGGUGGUUUCCGCGGUGGUCGCCGUGGUGGUUAUAGCAAUGGGGAAGCUGGAGAAGGUGAACGCCCUCGAAGGCAGUAUGAUCGCCACAGCGGUACCGGUCGUGGGAAUGAGCUUAAACGCGAAGGGUCUGGCCGUGGUAACUGGGGAACUCCUGCUGAUGAAAUUGCUCCAGAGACUGAGGAACCUGUUGUUGACAACGAGAAGAGCGUCAUUACUGAGAAGCAGCCAGAAGAGGAGGAUGCUGCAGCUGCCAGCAAGGAUGCUGCAGAUGCCAGCAAGGAUGCUGCUGUGAAUGAGCCAGAAGAGAAGGAGCCUGAGGACAAGGAGAUGACACUGGAAGAGUAUGAGAAGGUUCUUGAAGAGAAGAGGAAGGCUUUGCUUUCUCUGAAGGCUGAGGAGAGGAAAGUUGGCUUGGACAAAGACUUACAGUCCAUGCAACAGCUGUCAAGUAAGAAGAGCAAUGAUGAAAUUUUUAUCAAGCUGGGUUCUGAGAAGGACAAACGAAAAGAUGCUGCUGACAAAGAAGACAGAGCCAAGAAGGCUGUCAGCAUAAAUGAAUUCCUGAAGCCUGCUGGAGGUGACAGGUACUACAACCCUGGUCGAGGCCGAGGCCGUGGCCGUGGAAGGGGUGGAUAUGGAGGCAAUACUCGUGAUGUGGAAGCUCCCUCUAUUGAAGACCCUGGGCAGUUCCCCACCUUGGGUGGCAAGUGAUACUUGCACUGCCUUUCAUCAUCGCAUCGAUUCCCGUGUGGAAUUCCUUGUGAUCUAAUUCUUGAUUUCUCUUGUGGAAUUCCUUGUGAUCUAAUUCAAGAGUUCGAGUCAAGGGUUAUCAAUGGGAAUUAUGAUUUCCUAUGUCAAAAACCAUCUCAAACAUCUAGUCUUUUGGGUGUAAAUUUUAGAUUUAUUCCUGUGAUUCCUUCUCAACUUUCAAGUUGCAUGCAUGACCAACUUUUUUUUGGUUUAAAUUAGGGCAUAUGGAGUCGUUAUUGUGUCUGACUUAGUGGCAUCAGUUUUGGUUUGUUUUAGGGUAACAGCAUUUUUACUAGUAUUUUCAAUUUUUCCUGUUGUGUUUCU